GAGGCGCCAUGGUAACGCGUUUAGAGAAUAUAUGCAGGGAUGCCGGCGGAACGAGGCAAGCGGCGGGUUUUGUGUGGAGGUGUAGUAGAUAUAGAUUUAUUUAUUUUUAAAGUACAGGUCGGAGGACUGAGAGUGUAGAAAAGGCUCGCUGAGUGGUGGGUUCGGUAUUUGUUUGGGUCGCGAGGCGAACAGCAUGGCGCUGUAAGGCGAGGAUACUGCGGCACUAAUGCAGCGCCACUCCGGCUUCGCAACUGCCAGACAGUCGGGCUCCAGCGCUGCCCGCGGGACCGAAGUGAAGCCGCCGACUCCUCUGCUCCUCGACCGGGGGAAGAAGCUCGUGCUAGCCGGUUAGCUUCUCUCUGUUUACGCGCCGAGUCUUUCCCACAGAUGGCUCCGCACGAGCUCUCCGGAAGCAGCCUGUGGAUCUUCGGCUACGGCUCGCUGGUAUGGAAACCCGGCUUCCGGUACAACCGGAGUCACGUGGGUUUCAUCCGCGGCUUCAAGCGGCGUUUCUGGCAAGGAGACCCCGUCUACCGCGGAAGUGACGAAAUGCCUGGAAGAGUGGUGACGCUUCUGGAGGAGAAUGACCCGCUUUAUCCUUCUACAGGGUCGCAGGCGAGCUGGAUCCUAUCCCAGCUGACUACGGGUGAAAGGCGGGGUUCACCCUGGACAAGUCGCCAGGCGUGCACCUGGGGCAUGGCCUUCGAGGUGAUUGGCUCUCAGAUCCAGGAGACCUUUGACUACCUCAACGUGCGUGAAUCGGUACGAGGCGGCUACAGGACUGCUAUGGUCGAGUUCAUCCCACAUGACACUAAUCAGCCGUCGGUCCAGGCUUUGGUUUACAUCGCAACAGAAGACAACCCGACCUACCUGGGUCCCGCGAGUCUGGAGGAGAUCGCGGCUCAGAUCGCAGUGUGCAAGGGGGAGGCGGGCCACAACAUCGAGUACCUGCUCCGCCUGGCUGAGUUCAUGAGGCAGAGCUGCCCAGGUGUCGACGACCCUCACCUGUUUUCCCUCGAGAGGGCGUGCCUCACUGUCUUUAGACCUUUACUGUUUGCUGGCCAACAGUGUGCACCUGUUUAACUAAAUCUGUAGCUUGUUGUUCCUGCACUGUUUAUUAAUAAUUUUUCAUUGCUUUUUCCAUAAAGGAACAUUGAUCAAAAUCUUGUCUCUAAAGCUGUAUGACGCACAUCUACUUAAACAUUCUGACCUUAAACCUGAUGGCGAGUCGGGUCAUGAUGUACUGCUGUUUAAAGUUUUUUUUUUUUUCUUUCCUUUUUUCUUCCUUUAACUGUAAAAGGAAGUCCAAUCACAAUAAAGGUACUGAAAUGUAAA